AUAGAAACUUUAAUGAAAGACCUUGAUGUAAUAACAGUUCCUAGUAAAGACGUUGUGAUGGUACAUGAACCAAAACAAAAAGUGGAUUUAACAAGGUACCUAGAAAACCAAACUUUUCGUUUUGAUUAUGCCUUUGAUGACAUGGCUCCUAAUGAAAUGGUUUAUAGGUUUACAGCUCGACCAUUAGUGGAGACCAUAUUUGAAAGGGGAAUGGCCACUUGUUUUGCAUAUGGACAAACAGGCAGUGGAAAAACCCAUACUAUGGGUGGUGACUUUUCAGGAAAGAACCAAGAUUGUUCUAAAGGAAUAUACGCACUUGCAGCUCGAGAUGUCUUUUUAAUGCUAAAGAAACCAAGCUAUAAGAAGUUAGAACUUCAAGUAUAUGCAACAUUUUUUGAGAUCUACAGUGGUAAGGUUUUUGACUUAUUGAACAGGAAGACAAAAUUAAGAGUGUUAGAAGAUGGUAAACAGCAAGUCCAGGUUGUGGGAUUACAGGAACGGGAAGUCAAAUGUGUUGAAGAUGUUCUUAAGCUUAUUGAAAUAGGCAACAGCUGCAGGACAUCUGGCCAGACAUCUGCAAAUGCACACUCAUCUCGAAGCCAUGCAGUGUUUCAGAUUAUUCUCAGAAGGAAAGGGAAAUUGCAUGGUAAAUUUUCUCUGAUUGAUUUGGCUGGCAAUGAAAGAGGAGCAGAUACUUCCAGUGCAGAUAGGCAGACGCGACUGGAAGGUGCAGAAAUUAACAAGAGCCUUUUAGCACUCAAGGAGUGCAUUAGAGCCUUAGGCCGAAAUAAACCUCAUACCCCAUUCAGAGCAAGUAAACUUACACAGGUGCUAAGAGAUUCAUUCAUAGGGGAAAACUCCCGUACCUGUAUGGUAAGUUUGUUUAGUUAA